AUGUCUCGCCACGUCGCGCGUCGCGCGUUCUCUCUCGCGACGUCCGUCGCGCCCGCGCGCGCCGCGCGCGCCGCGACCGCGCCGUCGACGUCGUUCGCGCGCGCCGUCGCCGCCUUCGCCCCGUCGUCGUCGUCGCCGUCGCCCUCGCCGCCGCUCGCGCGCGCGUUCGCGAGCGGACUCACGAUCAACGGCGGCGUCACCCCCGCCGUGGACGCCGUGCCGGAAUCCAUCGUCCUCGUGCCGCGCGAGGAGGCGCCGGCGAUCGACGCCGAGCGCGGCGUCGAGGUGCGCCCUAAAGACGUCUUCGGCGUCGUCGAGGUGCGGUCGCAUCAGUUCAAGGUGUCCCCGGACGACUUGAUAUUCGUGGAUAAGAUAAAGGACGUCGAGGUGAACGAUGUGGUGAGGUUGCCGCGGGUGCUGAUGCUGGGGAGCAAGACGCGAACGGUGAUCGGGCGGCCGACGGUGCCAGGGGCGGAGGUUCUCGCGUUGGUCGAGGAGCACGUGCGGGACGGGAAGAAGUUUAUAUUCAAGAAGAAGCGGCGGAAGAAUUAUCGACGGAUGAAUGGGUACAGAGCGCAGCUCACGGGAUUGAGAGUGUUGGAGGUUAGGGGCAUUGAGGAGUAG